UCCAAGCACACACACACUCACAGACACAGUAAAACCCAGUGGGGUCACAGUGGCAAAGCUUGCAGUUUGUUUCUAUUUUUUUUUUUUUAGCUUGAAGCAGAACUCUUUAACCAGAUUUCUGAUGAUUUUUCAACCCAGAAUAGUCAAUAUGGUGGUCGCUUUGACUCUGCUGAGCAGUGCUGCCUCUUCCAUUAUGCGAGCGCCUCUGCCCAGCCUGUGGGGCAAUGUGGCCCAAUUCACUGUCGGCUGCAGAUACUGGAGACUGGAACCUCACGUCUUCGUCCCGGCUUUGGACCACCUCACCGCCUGCCUCCACAUCAACUUCAAGAGCAAGGCAAGCGCGCCAUGGACGGCCUUCAUGUACCGCCACCCAGAGAUCCGGUGUGCCAGUUUUGGUUUGGGGGGCCAGGAGGAUGCUCUGGUGGUCUGGUUGUUUGGCACAAAAUGGACUACGGCCCCCGUUGGCCUGGCGCCGACAGAGUGGCACUCGCUAUGUCUGACCUGGUCGCACAAUAAAGACAGACCCAUGCUGUACGUCAACGGGACCCUGACAGAGCUCACAGCAAUUGAGGAUAGCAUCACCUCUUCGCCCAGCUCCACCUCCUGCUGCAAGCUAGCCCCCAACGGGACGCUCACCCUGGGCGCGGCCCACCAUCUGGUGGACGGCGCCGUCCGUAUCCAUCCGACCGGUGACUUUUUGGGGAGCUUGUCUCUCUUCCGCUUGUGGGGGCGACAACGCAGCAGCCAGGAAGUGAGCACGCGCCAAUGCACCGAGGGAGAUGUGGUGCACUGGCGCAGGGAGCAGUGGGACACCCACGUGUGUGCCCCCAUACCAGAUGCCACCCUCACCUGUGAAUGGUCCAUUUACACAGUGAGCCUGAACUUCAACAUCAUUCGCUACGACGGGAACAACACAGAGCUCUACACAGCCAGAGACAUCGCACACCGCUGGCUCAGAGCUGUGUUGCCUUCAGUCAUCUAUUUACACCGAGUAUCUGUGUUAGAAGCAACCAGAUCCAGUGCAGAAGAUGAUAACAUGAUGAAAACAUCGAGUGGAGGCAAACUGGUGCGCUGCGCCUCUUUCAAUAUUAACAGGUUUGACGGCCUGGUGUACGUGAACGUCAUCCCCAGUGAGGACGUGGCAGUGGUGCAGCACAAGAUUCACGUAGAACUCGGGACCCCCUACCGGGACCCCAUCGGUCUGGUCCAGGUGCUCGCCGACGAAGCGAGUAUACAAACCACGCCCGUCGACAGUUUCCCCUCCCAUCCGACGCAUCCUCCUGUCACAACAUCAAUGCUUACUUCCUCUCCCACGCAAACAUCCCCCAACAUAUCAGAGCUGUACUAUGAGGUGCGGGUUAACGUGUCCAUAAUGGGAGAGUGUGACGCCCAUCAUCUUCUCACCACAUGGCUCGACGACACUCUGUCUGAUCACAUGAUGGUGAUGCCGGGCCUUCAGCUGCUCCCCAAAGAUCUCGGACGUAAAAACACCCUCACGUCCAUCUUGUCAUCUUCUGAUGGGGUGUCUGCAAACAUUGCGUCCAGAGCGGACCUGGUCUUCCAAGUUCAGGUGAUGACAUCGCUCGAACAUUCGCAGGAAACGGAAAUGCGCAUACAAGAGCUGCUCCUGAUGCCUUACUCCCAAGGCUCCGCCUCCAUAGCAACCCAGGAUGUACAAAUAAGCCGCAUACUGUUUGUGACGUGCCAAGCGGAGAGUCAGCAGACGAGAAAAGGCCUCUUUGAGUGGCCUGUCACCCCCGGGGGCAAAAACGCCACUUGGCCGUGCCCCAAAAACACUCAGCAAUACGCCACCAGACACUGUAAACUGUGCCACAGCACCCAGUGGAUGGCCCCAAACCUACAAGACUGCCUUCUAGUGGUGGAAACUAUCUGUGAUCUGGAUUUUGUGGAAGUCACCCCCGAGAACACCUUGGAGGUGGUGGAGAUGAUCGAAAGUUUACUGAGCAACCGCUCCGAGCUCAACUACCAGGAGUUGGUGACGGUGGUCGACAAGCUGAAGGACGUAGUGGGCGUCAGGGUGGUGACUGCCGACCUGGGCCAAGCUCUCAUCGAUACCAUCUCGGACAUCCUGGAGUCUCACAGCUACCUAUUGCCCUUCACAAACACGAUUCUGAACAUCACGGAGGCAGUGGGAGAUUUCAUGGUGGGCUUCCAGGGCUCGUUCACUAUGGUGGCUCCGGCUGUGGCAGUCUCAAUGGUGGACGUGGUUCCGGGCCAGUUUGCGGGCUUGACUUUUGGAGUGUCGUCUCAUGGGAUCGGCUUCAAACCUGAGAUUUUCCUCAACAAAGUCCCCCUUGAAGGCAUCGUAGCUUUGGUCGUUUUGCCCUCCAUCCUGCAGCACAGUUUCCCGGACACCCAGAGUCCACCGAGGGUCCAGUUUCAGUUCUAUGGCAUUCCGGAGCUUUUCAAGAACAAGCAGAAGAAUCUGGUCCUCAACAGCUUUGUAGUGUCCGCCAGCGUGAGCAACAACACCUCCCCGAUCCAGGACCUCCGAGAAGACGUCCGCGUUACGCUCCAUCACCUCCGACCCAAAUACCCCCAUAUGGACACACACUGUGUGUAUUGGAACUUCAAUGAGAACAACGGACAUGGAGGCUGGGACCCUCGUGGCUGCAACAAACACAACAGUAGCAUCGACUUCACCACGUGCCUGUGUGAUCAUCUCACACACUUUGGAGUUCUUCUGGAUGUCUCUCGAGCGCCAGUGGAUGAAGCCAAUGAGCAUUUGCUGACAGUCAUCACCUACGUUGGGUGUGGCGUCUCCUCACUGUUUUUGGGGCUCACCGUCCUCACUUACACAGCUUUUGAGAAGCUGCGUCGAGACUACCCGUCGCAGAUCCUCAUCCACCUCUCUGUGGCCCUGCUGGGCCUCAACUUGGCGUUGCUGCUUGACUCGUGGCUCUCGUCGUGGGGCGUGGAGGGCCUCUGCGUGGCCGCCGCCGCCACACUCCACUACUUCCUCCUGGCGUCCUUCACCUGGAUGGGACUCGAGGGCGUCAACAUGUACUUCGCCCUCGUCAAGGUCUUCAACGUCUAUGUGCCAGCGUACAUACUCAAGUUUUGUGCAUUGGGGUGGGGCAUUCCGUUGGGGAUUUGCGUGCUGGUGCUCAUUGUGAACAGAGACGCUUACGGCGGCCACCUUUACACUGACACACAGAGCAGCCUGGAGCCACUCGACAACACUGACAACUUCUGCUGGUUGCAGGAUGACGUGACGUUCUACGUAUCUGUGGUUGCCUACGCCUUGCUGGUGUUCCUCUUUAAUAUCGCUGUUUUUGUGGUGGUUCUGAUUCAACUUCACCACAUGCGGGCCAACAGUCCCUCUGGGACCCGCGGGGGACUGAUGCAAUACUUGAAGAGGGUCGCCACUCUGACUUUUUUACUCGGACUCACCUGGACCACCGGAUUUUUUACCUGGGGGCCGGCCCGGUUGGUCCUACUCUACAUCUUCUCUCUGCUCAACAGCCUGCAAGGUAUUUUCAUCUUUCUCUUCCACUGUCUGAUGAAGGAAAAUGUCCGACGACAAUGGAGGGUCCACCUGUGCUUUGGAAGAUUUCGACUGGAGGACCACUCUGAGUGGAGCCACUCCGCGUCCAUCGCCGCCCUCGCCAAACCGAAACCGCCGUGCCCUCUAAACGCAGGCGUGCCGUCGGUGCGCUCCGUGGAGUCCGGCUCCACAGAAAGCACUUCGACCUCCUCUGAGUCCGGCCAACUGGGCUUGUCCUGUAAGAGGCCUGACCUGGGUAUUUUUGUGAAGUCGCUGGUUUUCCCCCGUGCCCAGACAAGCUAUCGAGGCACUCAGCCGGUUCCCCCGCACCAGGCCGGAGGACCACACACCAGACAUCAAGCGCUCAGCCCGGCCGGCGUCAUUGAAACCGGUUACGGAAAUUAAUCGCUCCUCGUCCUCGGUAAUUGUAUCAUGCACCACUACUGCUCUUUGUUUCUGCCAAGUACCACAAAAGACCCUGCAAUUAUGAACACAUGAGCAUCGGGACCAGGGAGGAGUCUGUUGCCAAGCAACUGAUGAGCAGGCAUUGUGCCUAUGAAGCAUGGAAACAAAGUUGUAAUGGAAACCCUUCAUUUUACAUUGAGAAUUGACUUCUUUUGCUAAUUUUCUUCCAUUUAAUCACUGUAUCAACUGCAUGUGUGUUAAGUGUGCAAUUAGAUUUUUCCAACACA